CAUAUCUUUUAUUUUUCCUCUAACCACUCUGCUCAAAACUCUAAUAAAAAAAGGAAGCAGAAAAAAUCAUAUAGAAAUUUUCCGUCCAUUAAAAAAGGAUGGCAUUUUUCCUGUUCAGAACUUUAUUGGUUUUGUCCCUUUUAGUAGCCUCGCUUCAACUUGGAACAAUGAGGCCACUGGAUGGGGAGCAAUGGCUGGAAAAUAAUGAACUAGUGCUUCCAUCACUCCAAAAGGGUCCUGUGACAGGGUCUGGUCACAAUCCAUGCACGAACAUCCCUGGAAGAGAAACCGGCGUCUGCAAGCUGGGUGGCAUGAACAUAGCCGGUGAUGUUAUGCACGCUCCUCCAGCAUUUCCCAGAAUUGUUGCUGAGUUUGGGGUGGCUUCCACUGCCAAGGGGAUACAUGAUCAACACAAGAGUUCUUAAAAGCUACAAGUUUAGCCAUCCACAAUUCAAAAUAAAUAUCAAUGUGAUCAUUUUUUUUUCUAGUUGUUCCCUAUACCUGUAAAUUCUUUUCUUUAUUAAUUCUUGCACCUCUUUUCAAUCCCUUGGUAUACACCCUGAAUAUCCUUUUAUCCAUCCCUUUAAAUUUCCUGAACCUCUUUGUUUCUCAAAAGAAACAGUUUGUUUGAUUCUCAGUUUGAUCACCCAGCUGAAUACACUGAAUUUCAGAGACAAAUUUGUGAAAUGAAUCACAAGUUUUCAAAGCAAAAUUGGCCAGAGAUCCAAGAGACGUUUGGUUGGGACUGGGAACCGAUGUUUGUUGACAUUUAUUCAAGAUACAUAGUUGAUUAUUUUAUUCAAAAUGUUUUCUUUUUCUU